CUACCGAUUCACUGCCCAAUCGGUACAUGAACAUGUUUUGUAAUAUUGCUCAUUGUGGAGACGAAGAUCAGCCCCGAAACACAAACACCCAGAUUGCUAAUUUCUACUCUCUACCAGUUUCGCUCCCAAAUUAAUCGUUGAAAUAACUGAGAAGAGAAGAUGUUGAGGAUUGCGGGGAACAAACUUGGUGCUCGGGGCUUUACUUCUCCGUUUCUAAAGCCUGCAGGAUUAACGCUGAGAAGUUAUUCCUCCUCAGCUAAGCAGUCUGAUGGCACACUUGUACUAAGAAUGGCAACGGAAUGUAUAUAUUGUACAAUCCUGCUAUUAAGUAAUUCAAAGUUUACAUAUGGGGAAAACUGCAACUUGAUGCAGAUGACAGUGAGAGAAGCUUUAAAUUCCGCUCUUGAUGAGGAAAUGUCCGCAGAUCACAAUGUUUUUCUGAUGGGUGAAGAGGUUGGGGAAUAUCAAGGUGCCUACAAGGUUUCCAAAGGACUUAUGCAGAAGUUUGGUCCUCAGAGGGUUGUUGACACACCAAUCACAGAGGCUGGCUUUACAGGGAUUGGAGUUGGUGCUGCAUUUUAUGGACUCAGACCUGUUGUUGAGUUUAUGACAUUUAAUUUUGCAAUGCAGGCAAUCGAUCACAUCAUUAACUCUGCUGCGAAGACAAACUACAUGUCUUCUGGCAAUAUUAAUGUGCCUAUUGUUUUUAGAGGGCCAAAUGGUGCAGCUGCCGGUGUCGGAGCGCAGCACUCCCAGUGUUAUGCAGCAUGGUAUGGCUCAUGCCCUGGCCUGAAAGUGCUGGUCCCAUAUUCGUCUGAAGAUGCUCGUGGUCUUCUUAAAGCUGCCAUUAGAGACCCUGAUCCUGUUGUUUUCCUUGAAAAUGAACUGUUAUAUGGUGAAGCUUUCCCUGUUUCAGCCGAAGUUUUUGAUUCUGGAUUUUGCAUCCCUAUAGGGAAAGCCAAAAUUGAGAGAGAAGGAAAACAUGUAACUAUUACCUCAUUUUCAAAGAUGGUGGGCUUUUCUCUCAAGGCUGCUGAGAUACUUGCGAAGGAUGGGAUAGAUGCUGAGGUCAUAAAUCUGCGCUCCAUUAGGCCGCUUGAUCGAACCACAAUUAAUGCUUCAGUUAGGAAAACAAACAGGCUAGUAACUGUUGAAGAAGGGUUUCCUCAACAUGGUGUCGGCGCUGAAAUCUGCACCUCAAUUGUUGAGGAUAGCUUUGGCUAUCUCGAUGCUCCUGUUGAGAGAAUUGCUGGAGCAGAUGUCCCCAUGCCUUAUGCAGCUAAUCUCGAGAGAAUGGCUCUUCCACAGGUGGAAGAUAUUGUUCGUGCAGCUAAGAGAGCAUGCUACAGAUCACUUCCAGCUGCUGCCACGGCUUAACUUUUUUGGUAUUACUUAGAAUUCAUAUAUACUCUAUACUAGUUAAGAGUGCGGUCUCUGUAGGAACUUUGUCAGGAAGUUGGCUUGUUAGGGAUGUACGGAUCAGUUUCAAAAUCUUGUACUCAUUUGAGCUUUAAACAUAUUGAUUUGCUCGUUUGAAUUUAGUGGGCUUUAUAGACUUGAGAUUCCAAUGGCGGGAAAAAAAAGGCUUUUUGAAGACGUAUUGUUACAUUUCAUUAUAUUGGUCAUCAUAUUUCUAUUUUGAACCUCGAA